GAAAGAAUAUUGGAACGAAUUACACCAAGAGGUUCAAGAAAUUAAUAAACACUGUAAUAACAAACUUAAAUCUGAUGAUCCUCAUAAAAUGGUGAAAUUGGAUAGAUUUGUUAAAGAAGCUUUAAGAUUAAAAAAUGAUCUAUUUAAUUCGCUGCAUUCAUGUAUUUAUAAAUCUCAUUAUACAUUUGAAAAUGGAUAUAAAGUUCCAAAUG